CGCCAAAUUUUCACGCCGCGCCUCCUCAAAUUUUCAAAUUCCCCCAUCUUCAUAACUCUCAAAUUACCCCAAAACUCAAAUUCAAAUUCCCCAACAAAAACAACCUUAACCUAAUAAAAAUAAUUUCAUUCAUUCAAUUCUCAACCCCUUCUUUCUUCACUCAAUUAUCACACUAUGGUUCGUGAACACAGAGUCGAUUCAUUUUACACAAAACUCCGUCAGUCCGCCCAACUUUCUUCCACCACAUCCCCCGUCCUCAUUUUCCCCUCAACCUCCGACGUCGAUUCCCUCUGCGCACUCAAAACCCUUUUCCGUAUUCUCGAAUCCGAUUCAAUUCAAUACGCAUCUUACCCCGUUUCAUCCUUCCGCGAAAUUCAUAAUUAUGCUAAACCCACCCCCCAAAACAUUAACCACACCUCCAUUGUUUUAAUCAACUGGGGCUCUCAUAAAGAUCUUCGCAAAAUACUUAACUUAGGUCCUUAUGCUACUAUCUUCGUUAUCGAUAGUCACCGUCCGAUUCAUCUUCAUAAUCUCAGUGACCAGAAUGAUUCUGUUGUUGUUCUUUUUACUCAAGAAGAUGAAAAACAAGCGGAUCUCGCUUAUGAUUUUGAUUUUCCUCUUACUGCUCUUGCUAAUGCUUCAACCACUAUUGAUUCGGAGUCUGAGUCUGAUGACUCUGACUCCGAAUCUGAUUCGGAUUCAGAUUCAUCUGAAUCCGGUAAAAAAUCAAGAAAGAGAAAAAGAAAUUCCAAUUCCGAAGAUGGAGAUGGAGAUGAAGAAGAAGAGCGUCAAGAUCCGGUGAAAAUGUAUAGGAAGAAGAAGAAAGAGUAUUAUGGAUUGGGGACGUUUCAUGGGAAGCCUUCAGGGUGUUUGAUGUAUGAGCUAGCUCAUUUUCUGAGGAGGAAUACCGAUGAAUUGCUUUGGUUAGCGUGUGUGGCGUUGACCGAUCAAUUUGUGCACGAGAGGUUGAGUGAUGAGAGGUAUAGUGAUGGUGUUAUGGAGUUGGAGCAGUAUAUUAAUGAUUCUGGGAAUUUGGAUGUGGUGAAUUCGGUUACUUUGAAAGAUGGGACGAAGAUUAGGGCACCCAAUUCGUCCAGGAUUGCUUAUGAGGAUGAGCCGAAGCUGAUGCUGUUGCAGGAGUGGAAUUUGUUUGAUUCGAUGUUGUGUAGUUCGUAUAUUGCGACUAAGUUGAAGACGUGGAGUGAUAAUGGGAUGAAGAAGUUGAAACUGUUGUUGGCUAGGAUGGGGUUUGCGUUGUCGGAUUGUCAGCAGAAAUUUCAGUAUAUGAAUGUUGAGGUGAAACGUAAGAUGAAGAAAGAGUUUGAGAAGUUUUUGCCGGAAUAUGGACUUACUGAUUUUUAUUAUCGUGGGUUUUUGAGGAUUCAUGGUUAUAGUUCUAGGGUUUCGGCUGCUGAUGUUGUUUAUGGCGUGACUGCGCUUUUGGAAUCGUUUGUGAAUUCAGAUGGGUCGUGUGCUUCGAUGCAGUUUAAUGUGGCGUUUGAUGCACUUUCAUUGAACAAUGUUGAUAAACUCAAAGAUGGGAUGCAAAAGGCUAUUAAGGUUCAGAGGGCAAUUUUGAGGCAGGGAAGUCUUGCGAUUAUGAAAAACGGGUAUAUUCGAAGUGGAAGGAAGUUUAGAUGGUUGAAGCUUGACGAAUCUGCGGAUUCUAAACUGUUGGGGUAUCCUCAAGCUUUGACAAAGUUUUGUUAUUUUCUAAUGGAUGCUUUGAGAGAAAAGGGUGCGAGGAUGAAGCCUUUGAUCUGUGCUUGUAUGUCUCAGGAACCAAAUAAAGUUCUUGUUGUUGGGGUUUGUGGGAGGCCUCGUUUGGCUGCUGCUCAAGGAAAUGCGUUCGGGGUUGCGUUUAGAAGUGCAGCUGAGGACUCUGACAGUGAGUUUUUCCAUGAGUUGUUUGAGUCUUCUUGGAUAGUGUUAGAAUCUAAAGCAGUUAAUUCUUUCAUGGUUAAGUUGACUGAGAAACUUUGAUGCUGUACUGAGCUUGAUGACUCAUUUCAUUUAUCUUAAUUUGUUGUAUUAUGAUUUAUAGCAUCCUCGAUUUAAAUUGUACCUUUUACACUGUUUUUACCUCAGUCACCUUAUGAUUUGUUGAGUAGUUACUUUCAUGUAAACAUAUUAACACUACAAUUUCAAAUUGAUGUUGAAAUGGUGAAUACUUCCUGGAUGAAGUUCACAUAUCAAAUUAACAGUGCUAGAAUGUAAUGUUAAAGAUGACCUAUUGUUAUAGAAUUAA